AUGUGCUCUAACAGACUGGGUAAAUCUUCGUCAUCAUUCUUGGACGUGACCGAAAUCACGCCGUAUUUAUUUUUAUGCGGGGCUCUUGCACUUCGGUCUAACGUUUUGGAAGAUCUCAAAGUGACGUGCGUCAUAAAUGCGACAACCGAACUUCCAGACACUCCAUUACCCAAAUCAUCACCAGAUGACGACGACAACGACGACGACAUUUUAUAUUUAAGGGUUAACGUCGAUGAUAAAACCGACGCCAAUAUAUUUCCAUGGUUGGAUAUUGUGUCCGAUAUAAUUCACCAGGUGAAAUUAUCCGGGGGUAAAACUUUGAUACAUUGCGUUGCCGGAGUCUCACGAUCCGCAAGUUUGUGUCUCGCUUAUUUGGUCAAAUACGAAGGAUACACCCUACGGGAUUCGUACUCGACCGUUAAAAAUUUAAGGGAAAUAAUACGUCCGAACGUUGGAUUUUUCAAACAAUUGAUCGAAUUCGAAAAGGAAACGACGGGAAAACAAACGGUCGUCAUGGUGCAAAGCGAUUACGUCACUUCUCCCGUACCGCAUUUGUACGAAGAAGAUUAUAAAAGGUAUUACGGUUUGAGGGGAAACGAUAGGAAAACUAUUAUGCAACGGCAGUAA